UGGGACAUUUCCCAUAAUGCUGCUCUUAGGACAUCUGCAGCCUGCAAGAUGGCGCAAGCGAUAUUUGAGGCUUUUGAAGGCAUGGACAACCAGACAGUGUUAGCAGUGCAGUCCUUACUUGAUGGCCAAGGUGGAGUAUCUGACCCAAACGCUCAAAAUGUCAACAGCACUGGACAGAUCCAAGGACUCGAUGAUGAAGAUGUCUUUCUGUGCGGGAAGUGUAAAAAACAGUUCAACUCCUUGCCAGCUUUUAUGAUCCACAAACGGGAGCAGUGCCAUGGCAAUGCACCGUCGCUGGCAUCUGUCUCCCUGGGCAACCACAGUGUUUAUACACCGCCUGUCAGCUCCGUGCAACACCAGCCAGUUAACAGACAGAUCUCCACGUACAUUGCCGUUCCCCCCUCACCGCUCAUCCAGACUCUGGUACAGGGUAAUGUCUUGGUGAAUGAUGAGGUUCUGCUGUCCGCAAUGUCCGCCCUUACCUCUCUGGACCAGCCGAUGCCUCCUGCCCCCGCUCCUGUACAGAGCCAUCUGAGUAUGCACUGUGGGGGCACCUAUCUUCACACCCCGUCUUUGCAUCCACGGCCUCCCCACCCACCACUGUCUGCACCAGGGCAGAGCCUCAUGGGGGUUCCCGUCCAAGCUAACAGCGGCAGCUGCAGCACCGUAGUUCAGGUCUACAGCUCACCUAUCAGCAUGCCAGGGAACACCGGGAUGGAGAUCCAUGGGCUCGGCAUGGCACCCUACACCCAGAUAGAGGUUCCAAGUCAGUGCGUUGAAAGCACAGUAUAUAACACUCCCCCGGUAUACAGCCCCGGGAAACAGGGUCUCAAAUCAAAAACCACAAGUAGCUGCUCACCCUGUACUGACUUGAGUGGGAGCAACAUGGGGAGUGUGGAGGCCACUGUCCCUAACAAGACUCGCCGGCCGAAGUCUGACAACAGCCCAAACGGAAAAAUGAAAACCCCCAAGCUGAAGUGUACUUUCUGCGAUAAAGCCUUUGGGAAGAACUUUGACCUUCAGCAGCACAUUCGGAGUCAUACGGGAGAGAAGCCAUUUCAGUGCAUUGUAUGUGGACGAGCGUUUGCACAGAAGUCCAACGUUAAGAAGCACAUGCAGACCCACAAAGUCUGGCCAAAAGUUCCAAGUACAACCAGCUCACAGGGAUCCAUGACGUUACAGGUGGUACCACUCAACACCUCUCAGUCAGAGGAAGAGUCUGCGGAGAAUGGAGCCGUCUCCAACCAGGUCCCGGUAGAAAAUGCUCCAUCGCAGGACUUGGACACAGUCCAAGGUGGGUCAUGUGAUGGGACAGACGCCAAGCAGGUGGUCCUUAUUGACAGCUCCUAUCACUGUCACUUCUGUCACAGCAAGUUUACCAGCUACUUCCAGCUCAAGUCCCAUAUGACACAACAUAAACAGGAGCAGGUAUACAAGUGUGUGGUGAAAGGCUGCGCUCACACCUGCCAGAAGCUGGAACAGUUCUUGGAACACAUCAAAACCCACCAGGAGGAGAUGACCUAUCGAUGUCACAUCUGCAACAAGGAUUUUUCCUCCCUCUACGAGAUGGGGGUCCACCAGUAUUCUCAUUGCUUGCUCCCCUUGAUCGCCCCCAAGAAGGAGAUGGCUGUAUACAAGUGUUUGAAGUGUAUGAAUAAAUAUUCCACACAAGAGGCACUGGAGCAACAUUUACAGUCAGCCACGCACAGCUACCCCUGCCCACACUGCCAGAAGGUGUUUCCUUGUGAGAGAUAUUUAAGGCGCCACCUACCCACUCAUGGCGGAGGAGGGCGGUACAAGUGUCAAGUUUGUAAGAAGUUAUUCAGGCGGGAACACUAUCUGAAACUUCACAGCCACAUCCACUCAGGUGAAAAGCCAUUUAGAUGCACUCUCUGUGAUUCUGCCUUUAAUCGCAAGGACAAGUUAAAAAGACACAUGUUGAUCCAUGAACCCUACAAACAGUACAAGUGCCCCUUCGCGUCUCACACUGGCUGCAACAAAGAAUUUAAUCGUCCAGAUAAGCUAAAAGCGCACGUUUUGUCACAUUCAGGGAUGAAAGCGCACAAGUGUCAGUACUGCUCCAAGUCAUUCAGCCGGCGAGCGCAUAUGAUCGAGCAUCAAAGGAGCCAUACAGGGAAUUAUCGCUUCUGCUGCCCCAACUGUGGAAAAGGAUUCACUCGCCAGAAAUAUCUGAAAGAGCAUAAGUGCCGGCUGCUGGCAGAAAAUGAAAAGGACCAGGUCAGAAAGGCUCAGAGGAAAAGAGGGCGAGGGAAACAAGAUGAUGAGACGGCUGCGGAGGAAGAGACAACGCUGACAGAACUGAAGACAAGGCAGCAGCGCCUGGAUGACCCCGGUCCAGGAGAAGAGAGCUUUCAGCAAUCUGACGCUGUACUUUCCAUUGUGGUUGAAGGGGCCGGAGCUGCCAGUGAAAGCUUAGAUGCGUCCUCCGGUCCUGACAACACGGCCACCACCACUGUGACACUGGCGGAGCUGCAGAAUGCCACGGACCCUUCAUGUUCUAUGCUGGCAGUGCCUAUCUAUAUACAGAGCCCAGAGUGACUAGGCUGAGAGAACAGAAACAUCGGACUUCUUAUAGCAGUAUAUUACCCAACACAGCUCAUAAAUCUUCUAAAUCUUGCUUUUCUUAUGAGUUCCCAUAAACUCCAUUAUAGAUCAAGUUUGGAUUCAUAGAAGAAAUACCAUGAAAACCAGCAAGGUUUAUCGACUCAUUUUACAACACAACAAGAUGUCUAAGGCACAUGGCUAAAUACACAAAUGAAUAUAUGUGAUCUGUCUUAUGUGCAGGGGAGGACUGACCAUUCAGGCUCUCGGGCACUGCCCAAAGGCCCCAUGCCACUAGGGGGCCCCAUCAGGGUUGCC